AUGCUUCAAUUGCAUGAGUUAGAAGAAAUACAUAAUGAAGCAUAUGAGAGCUCGAGAAUCUACAAGGAGAAACCCAAAGCUUUUCAUGAUAAACAUAUUCUUCAAAAGAGUUUUGUGGAAGGUCAGAAAGUUCUCAUGUAUCACUCUCACCUUAAACUUUUUCCUGGGAAGUUGAAAUCUCUCUGGUUAGGUCCGUUCACUGUCACCAAGGAUUUUCCUAAUGGAGCGGUUAAAGUUGUAAGUCCAAGUAUCAGAAAGUCAUUCAAGGUGAAUGGUCAGAGAUUAAAGUCAUAUUACGAAUCAAUGGAGAAAGAACAAGCUAUUGUGAUUCACCUCAUUGACCCGGUAUAUGUUGAUGAAUGA